AUGCCAGCUCUGUCCCACAUGGGGGUGGCUGAUCUGAGAAGUGUCUUGGAUGGAGUUUCGGUCUGACAAGCUGAUUUGUGUCACUGGGGAGGGCUGAGCGUGUAUUUAUCUCUGUCUUUCCACAAUCCUCUCAAAUCAUACCCCGCAUCUCAAAACGAUUUUGUCUGGUUUCUUUCGUUCCCUUUCUCUCCCCGUUUGUCUAUGAAUGUGUUGUCAUCCUGUUUUUCUUCCUCUGAUCCUAAUCUUUUAUCAUGACUGGGAUCUAUAGCGUACUUCAUGCCAGCCUUUUAAAAAAACCCCAGCUCUCACUUCCCCAGUAGAGCUCAGCAGGGCUCUGCCUUGAGCCCAGCCCUGCCUGCGUGAAGAGGUGAGGAUGGUUCCUUCUCCUGCAGGCAGUGGCGGACCUCGAGGUACGGGUGUGCAGGUGGAUGAGGAGGGGGGGAUGCUCGCUUGAGAACCUCUUAAGCCUCAUGUGUGGAGAUUGGCUGCACAGGCUUGGCAGGGAUUACCUGAUUGCAAAGCCUAAAUUUUCUGCUAUACCUGAAAGCACACCUCUUUCCAAGGCAGUGCAGGGUCUGCUUGGCAAGGAUGGUGCAUAAUUUGUGUGCGACUGUCCCAUUUUAUGAUAUGGUAAACCUUCGCCUUUCCAGAACUUGGUAAACUUCCCUGAUUUUACCAUUUUCCCUGUCCCAAGCAAGCCAUUGAAAAGCUACCUCCCAAGCCAACUUCUGGUAGUUGGCAGCCAUCUCAUUCAGCAGACCCCUAGUGAUUUCACUCCCAGGGCUUACCAAAAAAAGCUGCAUGCAGCCACGGCAGCACUCUCUACCUGAGUCAGCAGCAGCCUGAAACAGUGUGUGCAGAGUACUGUGCACUCACACACAUUUCCAGAAGACAUCAACUCUGCAAACAGCCCAUCUGUGUUGCUCUGUGGAUGGUUUCAGUGCUGAGCAAAGCAGCACCAAGGCAGGAAAAUGAUGAAAUGCUGAGGAAAAGCAGACUGGAGUAGAAGGGGUGUGAGUUUCUGAGCGUGGAAGACAAACACUGGUUUUGAGCUCAGGGAGCUAACCAAUGUGAGUUGACAGCUUCUUAAUUAGCACUGCUGAAUGAGGUUGUGUGUGGGGGGGGGUCUUGUCUCUUUCAGUGUGUCCCCAGAACAGAUGAAGCCCUCCUCACUGCCUUUGCACCACCUCUGGCUGCUUAGCCUGAUUCCUCUCUCGUUGGCAUCGGACUCUACGCAAGGCAACUCCAAUCUCACUUGUUGGUAUGACUCGAGGGCAGCUCUCCUUUGUGACUGGAAUUCAGGCAGGGACCUUGCUGAUGCACCGUGCAAUCUGAUGAUUUCAUCGAAGUAUGAUUUUCCUGACAGGUUACAUUGUUUGUCUGCAAAUUCCACGCAUUGUGUGUUACCUAAGGCAGAACACAUGACUGGACUGAGGAGAUGCACCAAGAUUUUCAGCAAAAACCGUAAUAUGCAAUACUUCACUACUGCAGAUUGUCUCAGCAUGUCUGUACACUGCCAGAUUGGGGAGAAUAGCUCUAUACCUGCACGACUGGAGAAUUUCAGUCCACUUCAUAAUAUAAAACUGUGGCCUCCAGAAGAUCUUCAAGUGUUCAGCAAAGCCAAAAACACCUACAACUUAACGUGGAGCCUGAAUAUUUCCUCUCACUACUUGAGUGGGGAGCGGCAAUAUGAAGUGCGGUACCGAACCACAAGUCAGUCGUGGGAGGAGGCCGAGACCUUCAUCAUUAGUCAGGACCAGAUGUGGGCACCUUUUGAAAGACUGUCCCCCAACAUGAAGUAUGAGGCAGCUGUCCGUGCAAAGCCAGGUGCCUCAAGCACCAUCUGCAGAGGUGUGUGGAGUGACUGGAGCAAGACGGUACUGUGGAGCACACAUGUUGAAGGAACAUCCCGGCCAGUCCUGCCAGCUAUUAUAGUCAGCACGUGCAUCUUUGUGAUCGUUGGGUCUGCCUUCCUUAUAAACUUACGGACCCCAAGAUGGUUUAAGAAGAUCCUGAAGAUUCACAUCCCAGAUCCUGAAAAGUUCUUUCCUCCACUCAUCUCUGUUCACGGGGGCGACAUUCAGAAAUGGCUUUCCUCCCCAUUCUCCACAUCUUCCAUGUGUGUGAACAGUACAGCCCCAGAAAUCUCAAUGCUGGAGGUGAUGCAGAAGAACGACGAGGAAUCACAGGUUUCCAAGGGAACCCUGGCACCUGAUCCUCCCUCAGAAACCAGUGGGCACUCUGUGUCCAGCUGCUUCACCAACCAGGGCUACUUCUUCUUCCACCUUCCCAACUCCUUUGAGAUCGAGCCCUGUCAGGUCUACUUCACAUAUGAUCCUUUCACCCAGGAGAGCAAUGGCAGCAGCGACAGUGAGACUUACCAUGAUCUUCCCUCCCCAGACCUCUGUACACUGGCAGAGGACAUGCCAGCGUUGCCCUACAACUUUCUGCACUGUAUAAAUGGGAUCCAGGGCUUCCAAAACAUCUCCUUUGUGGCAGAGACACAAGGUGAAGCCCAGAGGGCCAUGGCUUCCCUGUCAAGAGCAAGCACCUCACCAACACCAGUUCUGAGGCAGGAUGAGCAGAUGACUGACAAAGCAGCUUUACAAUCUGCUGAGGACCCAGGCCAGGUGGACAUAGACUUCCCUGACUCACCAGACCUGCAUGACAGCAAUACUUCUGAUGUAUCAAGUGGGAAAGCAGGCCCUCCAAUUGAUCCCAGUGCCCCAGCAGCACAUGCUACCUCUUCCUUUUCUCAGCCUACAACUCUAAGGCAAACCCAGGACGAGGAUCUUUGCAGAACACCCUUCUCCAGCCAAGUGCCAAACACUGGUGCCUAUCUUUCUCUUAAGGACCUCCCAAGCCAAUACAGCCAUGGCUCUGUCUAGGAUCAGCGUGGGAGAAGUCUACAAGCAGGAAAGACCUUCUAUGCAGGGAAGACUAGAUGGACAUUUCUCCUAUUCAGAGCAUGAAUGUAGUCUCCGGUCACUGAACCACUGGAACUGUUCUUUAACGAGGCUGGAGAACAGAGUUACUCUAGAGGGACACAAAACUGUAGACAGAAUAGGAUGGACAAGGUAUAAAUUCAUAGAUGGGGCUGACAAAAUGCAUGAAGACAUCUCUUCCUGACUAACCAAGAGUGUCUUUUAUUUUUUUCCUAUGAUGUUCUUCCUCAUUUCAGGUUUUAAUCAGAGUAUAUUCUGAGCUGCUCAGUCUAGUUUUAGACUCAGGUCUCUAAGAUUAGCUCAGAGCCAUGGCUGUGUCAGCUGUCUGAGCAGUGCAGUGUAAAAAGAAAUCCCCAUUAUUGGGUUAAAAAUACUGGGGAAAUCCCCUCCCCUUCCACUUUCUCCCCCAAGUCUGAUGAUGGCAGUAAAAAGAACACACACAAUUUCCCAUUCUUGCUGCAAUAUUUUUCAUGAAAUCGAAAGCCGCUCUGCCCUUCUGGCAAAAUACCAUUAUUUGACUACGAUAAGCUGAUUGCAGAGUAGUUCAUUCCACAUCCUGUAUUAGUGGAAAACGUCGUAAAGGUGCUGCCCAUUCCUUCCAUUGCUCAGGGGAAACCAUUGCCUAGUUAAGCGGUGAAGAUAUGGUAAAUGAGCCCAGAAAACUAACUCACAAAUCAGCACCUUCAUUGAGAAGAAAACUUCAAUCCACGCACCAAAAAAAGAAUGAAGACUUCAAAGACUACUUUUUUUCUUUGCAUUUGCUGAUCUGGGUUGAUAAACAGCAAUAACACAGAAGAGAUGUGUUAAGGCAGAGCAAGACAUGCUGUUCUGCUUCCAUCCAUCCGUGUUUCUGGACUACUCAGAAGUGGGAAAAUACCAACCCAUUGGUAAAGAUCUUUCUUCUAAGAUCAAAAACUUUCAAGGUUAUCAAACCUCUUGGUACUUUUGCCACCACUUUGAGUAUCACCUCAAAAGAGCUGCUCAAAGGACUUGACUCUGCCUACAACAAAGAGGGCUGGGGCAAACCUUAUCCUCUGCUCAUCAGCUUCUUCAUCUGCCUCAAGGUGUGGACUGACCCUUUGCCUCCAGGACGUAGCGGGUUAAGAAAACCCCACAGCUUCCCAGAUGAGCAAGCACAGGAUUUACCCAGCUAUUCGCUGUGCUUUGGGAUUCUUUCCAGAUGGAGCUCAAAAAGAGACACUGAAUCCCUCGUCCCAACAGGCAAAUUGAUAUCUUACAUAGGCCAAGGAUCCUAGUUGUACUGAUGGUUCUCCUGUCCCUAUGUAGACCUUCAUAAGCUUCUCACUUAUUCUUGCUGCUAUGACGAGUAUAAAAAACCUACCCCUUUUUCGUCUUUGUAAAUAAAAGAAAUACUAAAGAA